AUGGCAGAUAAAACCUUUGUAUUCGAACUAAAUCUUGACGAAAAUGAAAACAAUAAUGAAUUUUCGUACCUAGAGUUGGUGAAAGACAAACUGGGUAAUCGUGCACCUAGUGAUCCGUUUGGUGAAGACGAUACUACCGAGUUGAUGGAGAUUGCAAGGCAAUUUGAAAGAAAAUAUGGUGAUAUGGUUACAGUGAACAAAAAAGGAAGAAAACGGAAACUUCGCGUUGCUGAUUACAGGGAUUUAGGUGCUGGAUAUGAUUCUGGCGAUUCCUUUAUUGAUGAUUCGGAGUAUGUGGAAUUAGUUGUACCACCUACUGUCCGCACGAGAUUCGAGGGUUUCUUUAUAAACACUGGAACCUUGGAAAUGCUUGAGGAUAAAUCGAUAGACAUUGAAGCACCCCCACCACCUAAACAGCCUAAGCUUGAUAUCCCUUCAAAUAAACGUCCUGCUGUCAAAAAAGACAAAUCGAAGUCUGCAACUGAUACGCAACUGCUGGAGAGAGCAGUUAAGCAGCUCUCAGUUCCCAACGCCGUUGCAUCGACAGCAGCAAAAUCAUCAAUGAUAACCAACGGAGUCAGUGGAGUAACAAGUUCUCUCGACGCCGUCUUUGAUUCCGUUAUUUCUGCUGGAGCAUCAGCUGAUAACCUCAUCACCCCUUCUCCCUCUACUCAACCUCAACUCUCUCCCAUUCCUAAUGCCCCUCAAUCAACACCUUCAGCUCCUCCUCCUCCUACGUUGCCACCUUUACCGGAUGAUUUGAAUGCUGAAGUGCAAAAGCUCCUAGCUAUGAAGUCUACUUCUCAAGGCGGAACAGCCAAAUCCUUAUUCACUCCGCAAAUUGAAGGGGCUCUUUUACGGUUUGACGAACUGUUAAUGAAAAAGAACCUCAAGAAAGCAACCCGUUCGGGUACUUACGCAUACAUGGCUGCCAAACUUGGUAUAAAAUCAAAGACCCUCCUUGCUCGGCUUCGAAAGCUCAAGGACGCCCAAAAUGGGUCUUCUUUGGACCCUAUAUUGGAUCGGCUUCGAAAUGCUGUCAAAUCGGCCAUGGUUGAUGUUAGAACAUCUUAUGAGCGAGAUAUGGGCUAUUAUCAGACGCGGCUUAGUGCUUGGGAGAGAGAAAAACUCACAAAUCCUGAAGCUAAGCGACCCGGUGUUCCAAAAAAGAAAUUUCCCUUCAAUGCGCUUUGCAAAUCCUAUUUGGAAGCUGUUGUCAGUCAUCAUAUGGAGUCAGUUUUUCGUGAAACAAAGACUUAUCCAGAUCAAGACAAAAUGAAGACCUUCUUUGUUGGCCUCAUGUCUAUUUGGCCCGAAGGUUGGAUCUCUGUAAAAAAAUCAAAUGGUCAUGCAGCGUCAGUAGCUUCCGAGGGAGUGAAUACAGGAGGAUCAUCAUUGCCGGCAAUAACUCCUCCCGUUAGUUUAGUUCUUACGCCUCCCAAAUUGGCCCCACCGGUGUCUGCUACUCCCGUUCGAAACCCUCCAUCAGUAGCUAGUGCAAUGGGCGCUGCGUCAGCGGUUCAAUCAGGAGUAGCUGUUGAGCUUUCUUCUGCAAAAUCCACCACAAACUCAAAUCCAUAUGUUCUCCAAUUUGCUUCGUCUAGCCCUAACGCUGGGCAUAAGAAGGAAACUCCCAAAGCCACCGUACCGCCAUUUAUAGACUUAACGGAGACGAAUAGCUCUAGUGUUGCUUCUAACUGUGGUAAACAACAGCAUAUGACUUCAUCUACAGUACCAGCAACGCCUGUAAAUAGAAGCAUGAAUUUCUCCCCACCUCGUAUAACUGCCUCAAAAUCGGGAACCUCAAAGCCGACGAGUAGUGUGCCUGCAAAUUCAGCGGGUCCACAGAGAAGAAUUGUAUUGAAUGCAUCGUCAAGCACUAAUUCUCCGGUGGUUUCUUCGUCAACAGUGCUCAGUAGGCCACAACUGCCAUCUGUCACUGUUCCAGUAGCGCAGUUUUUGGGAAGGAAUCCUACUAGUUCCCCGAUUGCAACAACAGUAUCAUCUCAGCUGCAACAACAGGCUAGUGCUUUUGUUUAA